AUGUCGUCCUCCUACGCCAAGAACGGGGCGGCGGACGGGCCGCACUCCCCCAGCUCGCAGGUGGCCCGAGGCACCACGACCCGGAGGAGCAGGUUGAAAAGAUCCGAUGGCAGCACCACUUCCACCAGCUUCAUCCUCAGACAGGGGUCAGCAGAUUCCUAUACAAGCAGGCCGUCGGACUCCGAUGUCUCUUUGGAAGAGGACCGGGAAGCGAUUCGGCAAGAGCGUGAACAGCAAGCGGCUAUCCAGCUUGAGAGAGCGAAGUCCAAACCUGUAGCUUUCGCGGUGAAAACGAACGUGAGCUACUGUGGCGCCCUAGAUGAGGAUGUGCCCGUUCCCAGCACAGCCAUCUCCUUUGACGCCAAGGACUUUCUCCACAUUAAAGAGAAAUAUAACAAUGAUUGGUGGAUAGGGAGGCUGGUGAAAGAGGGCUGCGAGAUCGGCUUCAUCCCGAGUCCGCUGCGCUUGGAGAACAUUCGGAUUCAGCAGGAACAGAAAAGAGGCCGUUUUCAUGGCGGGAAAUCGAGCGGAAAUUCUUCCUCCAGCCUGGGAGAAAUGGUGUCAGGAACCUUUCGAGCAACGCCCACAACAACAGCAAAACAGAAGCAGAAAGUGACGGAGCACAUUCCUCCAUACGAUGUUGUGCCGUCAAUGCGUCCUGUGGUGUUAGUGGGGCCGUCACUGAAAGGUUAUGAGGUAACAGACAUGAUGCAGAAAGCCCUCUUUGAUUUCCUGAAGCACAGGUUUGAUGGGAGGAUAUCAAUAACAAGGGUGACAGCUGACAUUUCUCUUGCUAAGAGGUCUGUCCUCAACAAUCCCAGCAAGAGAGCAAUAAUUGAACGUUCAAAUACCAGAUCCAGCUUAGCGGAAGUACAGAGCGAAAUUGAAAGAAUUUUUGAGUUGGCAAGAUCUUUGCAGUUGGUUGUUCUUGAUGCAGACACCAUCAAUCACCCAGCCCAGCUGAUAAAGACAUCCUUAGCGCCCAUCAUUGUCCAUGUGAAGGUCUCAUCCCCAAAGGUUUUGCAGCGGCUGAUUAAGUCCAGAGGAAAGUCCCAAAGUAAACACUUGAACGUUCAACUGGUGGCAGCCGAUAAACUGGCCCAGUGCCCUCCUGAAAUGUUUGAUGUUAUAUUAGAUGAGAAUCAACUUGAGGAUGCCUGUGAACAUCUGGGAGAGUAUCUGGAGGCAUACUGGCGUGCCACCCACACGAGCAGUAGCACCCCUAUGACCCCAUUACUGGGGAGAAACGUGGGCUCGACAGCCCUCUCUCCGUAUCCCACAGCAAUCUCUGGAUUACAGAGUCAGCGAAUGAGGCACAGCAACCAUUCUACAGAGAAUUCUCCAAUUGAAAGACGAAGCCUAAUGACCUCCGAUGAAAAUUACCACAAUGAGAGGGCCCGCAAGAGUAGGAACCGCUUGUCUUCCAGCUCCCAGCACAGCCGAGAUCACUACCCUCUGGUGGAAGAAGAUUACCCUGAUUCAUACCAGGACACUUACAAACCCCAUAGGAACCGAGGAUCACCUGGGGGAUGCAGCCAUGACUCCCGACAUAGGCUUUGAGGCUGCCGAAACAAACAAACAAACAAACAAACAAAAAUCAUCUGUUGACAAUUUGCCAUAGUACUGCUAAGAUAAACCAGUCAUCUUAAUUUGGCAAGCAAGGCACAGUAUCUGCUGUGCGGGUGGGCUGCUGUCAUUUGAUCCUAGGGGCAAGAAUUAAAUAGAAGUACAUUAUGCCCUUGAGUCUAGAUGGGUAUUAGAUGCCCAAUCAUAUAGGUAUUUUUAAGUGCUACAUUUACAUGAUAACAGUACCUUUUGUUUUCUUCAUAGAUUUUAGACACAUCAAUUUGUAACUUAGAGUACUUAUCAAGGCACAUAUAAAAUAAUUUCCCGUGUAGGAAAUUCCAAAUGACCAGUUCCAGUUGGAACCAAUUUAUAAACCAAUUCCUGUUGGAAUUUGGGUGAAUUGACUGGAAAGUCUACUUGAGCAUGUUGAAAUCAAUUGAAAAAUCAGAAAAAAAUAAAUACCCAAUAAGGAAAUCAAAAUACUAAUAGAAGCCAAGCCCAGCUUUGGUAUUUAUUUGCUGGAAGCUAAAGUUACACUUCAAGUUGGAAUGUAUAAACAUUUUAAUAAUAUGUUAAUGUUGCCAGAAUGGCUUUUCAAACUUACCAAAUAUAUUGAUAGUGCCAAAAAAAGAUCUCAGAAAUCUUAAUGCAGAAAUUAUAUAAUCGCCUCAGAUUUUAAUAUUUUUAUUUUUCCUGAUACAGCUGUUGUAUUCAAAGUGUUUUUGCCUUCUGUUCAGUCAGUACUGUUAGCCAGUUUGAAGCUGACAAAAUCUGGGGGAUACUUGAGAGUAGUAAAGAGAGGCCCAAGCAUGACCAGAUCCGGGGAAUGGAGAACGAGGUGUUGUUUCUCCUGGAGUCAGUCUGCACACAACGACACACAUCUGGAGAUGUGGAGUCAGACAGCAGAGAUGUGGCCAGGCCUUUCUGGAUGCACCAGCCAUUGGCUCUGGAUGGGAAACUGCUCCAUCCUGCUGCCCACCGGCUCCGGCACCGGCUCAGCAGCCCUGUCGGCCCGGCUGCGGAUCUUCCCCUCGCUUCAGCCAGUCUCUGUCUUCGAAUAUAAUGAAUGCUUUGGCCCUACAUCACUUCUUUUAUUUUUCAUGGGCAUAAUCAAACUAGGUACCAAAAGUUAGGUUUUCACAAAAUAAUUAGGAAAAGUUAAAACGCUGAAUUAAAAUAUUGCAGGGGAAAAAAACCUUAGAGAUUCAGAAUAUAUUUGCUCACUGAAAGCAAGGCAGUUUUAUGGCAUGCCAUUAGAGAGAGUUUGGAGACUGCUCAGUUUCAUUGCUAGUGAACAACCUUUAGAUUUCCAAUGAGUGUAUUUAUGGAAUUGGUGACCUAUUUCCUAUUUUAUUAAAGAAGGCUUUAAGCCAAUAAAUUGUUGAAAUUGACCCUUUGAAACAAAUGACUUUAUGAAAGGGCUUGUCUCUGAAAUGACACAUGCAUGUGUCU